AUGGAUGACGGUACAGUAAAUAUCCAGUCCGGAAUUAACAUCAACAUAAAAAGAACAGAUGGCCGGAUCCACUCGGCGAUCGUGUCGGGCGUGAACCUGGAGACGCGCUCGGUGACCGUGGAGUGGUACGAGCGCGGCGAGACCAAGGGCAAGGAGGUGGAGAUCGACGCGAUCCUCGCGCUCAACCCGGAGCUGGUGGGGGUGCGCCACCACACGGCCCACCUGCAGCCGGUGCCCAACAAACUGGCCAGGGAUAUGACGCGGCAGUCGAUACCGGUCGCGACAAAAGCGCCGACGCGCGCCACCCGCAACAACCAGAUGCGGGCGUCGAACGCCGGCGGCUACACGAACGGCCACGGCGGCGACACGACGGGCCGCCGGGGCGCCGAGAACGUGCCGCCGCCUCAGCAGCAGCAGCAGCCGCCGCCGCAGCCCGUCCCGGCCGCCAACACGCGCGUCACGCAACAGUUCGGCGUGGGCGGCAUGGGCGGCGUGGGCGGCGUGGGCGGCGUGACGCGGACCGCCGCCACGGCGAGCGCGGCGUCGGUGCCGCACGCCGUGGCGUCCGGCGCCGUGAGGAGGUCCAACGUGGUCAAGGAGGUGGAGAGGCUCAAGGAGAACAGGGAGAAGCGACGCCAGCGGCAGGCCGAGCUCAAGGAGGAGAAGGAGGCGCUGAUGAACAUGGACCCCGGCAACCCGAACUGGGAGUUCCUCGCGAUGAUCCGCGAGUACCAGAGCAGCAUCGAGUUCAGGCCGCUGGUGGGCACCGAGCCCGUCGAGGACCACCAGAUCACCGUCUGCGUGAGGAAGCGCCCCCUUAACAAGAAGGAGAUCGCCAAGAAGGAGGUCGACGUGAUCAGCGUGCCCACCAAGGACCAGAUGAUCGUCCACGAGCCCAAGAACAAGGUGGACCUCACGAAGUACCUCGAGAACCAGAAGUUCCGAUUCGACUACGCCUUCGACGACACCUGCACCAAUGAAGUUGUCUAUAAGUACACGGCCAAGCCGCUGGUGCAGACCAUCUUCGAGGGCGGCAUGGCCACGUGCUUCGCCUACGGACAGACCGGCUCCGGGAAGACGCACACCAUGGGUGGAGAUUUCCAGGGCAAGACGCAAGACUGCAAGAAGGGCAUCUACGCGAUGGCCGCCCGCGAUGUGUUCACGUACCUCAAGUCGCCCAAGUACAAGCCUCUCAACCUAAUCGUGUCCGCCUCCUUCUUCGAGAUCUAUUCAGGAAAGGUGUUCGACCUGCUGGCGGAGAAGGCGAAGCUGCGCGUGCUCGAGGACGGCAAGCAGCAGGUGCAGAUCGUGGGGCUGACGGAGCGCGUGGUGGACAACGUGGAGGAGGUGCUGCGGCUGAUUCAGCACGGCAACGCCGCGCGCACCUCGGGCCAGACGUCGGCGAACGCGAACUCGUCGCGCUCGCACGCGGUGUUCCAGAUCGUGGUGCGCUCGCCCGGCAUGCACCGCGUGCACGGCAAGUUCUCGCUCAUCGACCUCGCCGGCAACGAGCGCGGCGCCGACACCUCCUCGGCCAACCGCCAGACGCGCAUGGAGAGCGCCGAGAUCAACAAGUCGCUGCUGGCGCUCAAGGAGUGCAUCCGCGCGCUCGGCAUCAAGGGCAACGGCCACCUGCCCUUCCGCGUCUCCAAGCUCACGCAGGUGCUGCGCGACAGCUUCAUCGGCGACAAGUCGCGCACCUGCAUGAUCGCCAUGAUCUCGCCGGCCAUGUCCUCCUGCGAGCACUCGCUCAACACGCUGCGCUACGCGGACAGGGUGAAGGAGCUGGGCACGACGGAGGGGGGCCGUGGCAGGGCGGAGUCCCCGCAGGCCGACGUCGACAUGGAGCCCCCCAGCCACGACCUGGCGCAGCUGCGCUCGCUCAACGAGGGCGACAUGUCCGCGGAGAUGUACACGUUCCACGAGGCGAUCGACGAGCUGCAGCGCGCCGAGGAGGAGGUGCUGGACAACCACAAGGCGGUGUGCGACUACCUGCAGCACGCGCUGCAGCGCUCCACGCAGCUGCUGGCCAUCACGCGCGACGUCGACUACGACCAGGACGCGUACGCGACGCAGUGGGAGGAGCUGCUGAACGAGCAGCUGGUGGUGCUGGCGCAGAGCCGCGACCUGGCCGCAGAGUUCCGCGCCAAGAUGCAGCAGGAGGAGCACAUCUCUAGGCGCAUCCAGCCGGCGCACCAC